AUUAACGUCUCCAAAAUGAACUAGUUGAAUUGUAAAGAUAAUCAUUAAAAAAGAAAACAAACAAAUUGCAAAUAAAAAAUGUCUUCGAACUUUCGAUAUCACAUCUUAAAAAGCGUCAAACCGUAUACUAUUUAUAUUCCACAACUAACGAAAUCAGCACUCCGUGUGUUAAUACAAGUAUCUGUGCAUUAUAUAGAGACGAAGAAGUCAUCUCCCGACGUCUUAGCAUUGGCAAUCAACAAAUUGAAAAAUGCAGGCCACGAAGUACCCAAGAAUUUUUGUGAGUUGUUUACAAUGAUCUUGUUAAUAAUGCAAAUAUAUUUGCGAUAUCCCAAAGGAGUUGUCAAAGACCAUGAGCUUCGUCAAUGCCUAAUUGAUGAUUUGGGUCUGCCAGAUGCAUCUGCGGAGGAUUUGGGAAAAGUUCUAUUAAAUCAUCGAACAACUCUAAGUAAGAAUUUCGCUGAUACAAAAAUGGAAAGAGCGAAAAUGCUGGAUAUGCAAUGGCGAAUUAAUAUAUCCUUAACAUCCACGAUGUCUCAACUCGAUAAACCUACCAUAGUUUUGCACUUUAAAUUAAUCAAUGGUGAAUAUAGAACCUUGGAAUUGCCGUUAUCCAUGUUUCAACGUUUACGUUUCAAUGUUGCGAUGUUACUAAGCGAAUUGCAGUCCCUACAGAAUCGACCUGUUUUGAAACAAUUUUAAUACGGCAAUUAAUGAAAAUUGCAAUAGUAUUAUUAUUUAUACUAAGUACAAAUAUAUGUAUGUAUAUAUUCGUUGAUAAUUGUGUGCGCAUAUUUUCAAAUAUCUGUUAUGCCUGAAAAUCCUUUAUUAAAAUGAAAAACCAUUCUUUUUU